AGUACCAAAUAAUACAAAGAAAGAAAGCACGUGUAGCAGCCCGCGGGUCGAGCGUGACGGCUACGGAUUCGGUUAGCGGGCAUAGGGGAGACCGGGAGUGGACGAGGCAGCACAGAGAGCGAGAGAAAGCCCUACGCCGCCCGAGCCCACCGCCAUGGCAGACUCCCUCCACAAUGCGCCUAUUGUACUGGACAAUGGCUCUGGCACCAUCCGGGCGGGCUUCGCCGGAGACGAUCUGCCCAAGUGCUACUUCCCCUCCUUCGUCGGCCGGCCCAAGCAUCUGCGCGUCCUCGCCGGCGCGUUAGAAGGCGAGGUCUUCAUCGGCCAGAAGGCCGCCACCGAGCUCAGGGGACUGCUCAAGAUCCGGUAUCCCUUAGAACACGGCAUAGUCACCGACUGGGACGACAUGGAGAAGAUAUGGGAAUACGUCUACAGCGAGGGGUUGAAGACGAUGAGCGAAGAGCACCCCGUCCUCUUAACCGAACCCCCGCUAAACCCCCGAGCGAACCGUGACACCGCCGCGCAGAUCCUCUUCGAGACCUUCAACGUCCCCGCGCUUUAUACCUCCAUCCAGGCCGUACUCUCCCUCUACGCCAGCGGCCGCACGACGGGGUGCGUGCUGGAUUCGGGGGAUGGCGUCUCCCACGCCGUGCCCGUGUACGAGGGGUUUGCCAUCCCGAGCUCGAUGCGCCGCAUCGACGUGGCCGGCCGCGACGUCACCGAGUACAUGCAGACGCUGCUGCGCAAGAGCGGUUACGUAUUCCACACGAGCGCCGAGAAGGAGGUUGUGCGCCUCAUCAAGGAGGCCGUCUCGUACGUCGCGUUCAACCCCAAGGCCGAGGAGAAGGACUGGGCCGGCGCCAAGCUCGAGCAGGGCAAGACGGCCGAGUACGUGCUACCCGACGGCAACCGCCUCCGCGUGGGCCAGGAGCGCUUCCGCGCGCCCGAGAUCCUCUUCGACCCCGAGAUCAUCGGGCUCGAGUAUCCGGGCAUCCAGCAGAUCGUCACCGACGCCAUCAACCGCACCGACCUGGAUCUGCGCAAGGCGCUCUACGCCAACAUCGUGCUCUCGGGCGGCAGCACCCUGACGAAAGGGUUCGGCGACCGCUUGCUGAGCGAGGUCAAGAAGCUUGCUGUUAAGGACAUGCGCAUCAAGAUUUUUGCUCCGCCCGAGCGCAAGUACUCGACCUGGAUCGGAGGGAGCAUCUUGGCGGGGCUGAGCACGUUUAGAAAGAUGUGGGUUAGCAUCGACGACUGGCACGAGGACCCGGACAUCAUCCACAAGAAAUUGACGUAAGCCAUCCACCGGGGGUGGGCGGGAUGUAGAAGAGCAUAUACACUUUAUAAGGUGUCGGUCUACAACAGCAAGAAGGGAAGAAGGAGGACGCCGGGGAUGCAACGAGAAAAACGCCCCACGCCUCUAGACCCGAAUGUAAUAUCAUGGAUCAUGCGCAGACGAGGGAAACGCGAGGAAGCAGUACGAGGGGGCCGCCACCCGAAUCGCGGUCGCGACGACGUUUGGCGCACGAUAAACACACGGUAUCUUGGGGUGAUUCGCCGGCCCCUUGGAAAACAGGGGGUGGUGCCUCGACAGGGGGGGGGAUCUUAUUCACGAUGCUAGGCAGGAGGGUCAAGGUCGGGAAGCCGGACGACGAG